UAAGAACCCAAGUUAAAAAACCACUCUGCAAUGCAUAGACAGUCCUAGCACUGAAGGCUUCAACGUCUCAAAACCCUAACACUCCAUUUUAAACCCUUACCUUCUGUGGGGAUGAAGCCAACCGAGACAGAGGACAAUGCUAAUGGUGAAAAAGUUGUUUCCCUUAAAACCGAUGAUGACCCAGUUGUAACUGCAGAUCAUGCUGAAAGCUAUCAUCAGAAUGUUAGUGAGCUGCAGAGUUCUAUGAAGGAAGGUGAUACUCCAGAUGAGAAAGUGUUGGUCCUGAGUUCAGAAAAUGGAGGAGAAAUAGUUGAGGUAUCUCAUGAAUCCCCGGUUUCUGAUGCUAAAUGGGUUUGCAAAAGCCCCAGUGGUUGUGUCUCGUCUACAGAUUCAGGAUGGCCUUCCUUCGUAACUAAAUCCUCUUCUCAGCCUUAUUCUCUUUCAGAAGAAGAGCAAGCAAAGGUUGCGGCUCUGAAUUUGCAGCAUAAAGCAUUAGAAGCUUGCCAAAAGUUUCUAGGCGGAUGGGCUUGUUCUGACAGUGAAGAUGAUGGCAAUGAGGAUGAGGAUGAGGAUUUUGAUUCGGAAGAAUGUGAGGAGUAUAAGUUCUUUGAAAGAGUGUUUGCGGAAGAUGUUGAGUUAAGGAAAUAUUACGAGAACCAUCAUAAAGAUGGGGAUUUUUAUUGUUUGGUUUGUGGUGGUGUUGGGAAGAAGGUGUGGAAGAGGUUUAAGGAUUCUGCUGCGCUAAUUCAACAUUCCACUGCUGUACUAAGAACAAAAAGGAUGCGUGCUCACAGGGCUUAUGCACAUGUCAUCUGUAAAGUUGUUGGUUGGGACAUUGAUCAGGUGCCAGCUAUUGUGUUGAAGGACUUGGAUUCCUCCUUGGCUGCUUCAAGGAAGCUAUUGGCUGAACCCCAGAAACCUGCUGUGAGUGGUAUUGAUGACAAAUGUGCAUCUCGUGAAUCUCCGGUUUCUGAUGCUGAAUGGGUUUGCCAAAGCCCCAGUGGUUGUUCAGGGUGGCCUGUCACUAAAUCCUCUUCUCAGCCUUAUUCUCUUUCAGCAGAAGAGCAAGCGAAGGUUGCAGCUCUGAAUUUGCAGCAUAGAGCAUUAGAAGCUUGCCAAAAGUUCCUCGGCGGGUAUGCUGGUUCUGACAGUGAUGAAGAUGACAAUGAGGAUGAGGAUGAGGAUGAGGAUAAGGAUUAUGAUUCUGAAGAAUGUGAGGAGUAUAAGUUCUUUGAAAGAGUGUUUGCGGAAGAUGUUGAGUUAAGGAAAUAUUACGAGAACCAUCAUAAAGAUGGGGAUUUUUAUUGUUUGGUUUGUGGUGGUGUUGGGAAGAAGGUGUGGAAGAGGUUUAAGGAUUCUGCUGCGCUAAUUCAACAUUCCACUGCUGUACUAAGAACAAAAAGGAUGCGUGCUCACAGGGCUUAUGCACAUGUCAUCUGUAAAGUUGUUGGUUGGGACAUUGAUCAGUUGCCAGCUAUUGUGUUGAAGGACUUGGAUUCCUCCUUGGCAGCUUCAAAGAAGCUAUUGGCUGAACCCCAGAAACCUGCUGUGAGUGUUAUUGAUGAUUCAUGUGGUGUACCUGAUGAAAAUCCUGCUGAUCAUUAGGAUGUUCUUCACAAUAUUGGGGAGCUUUGUUAAUGAUGACUUGAGAGUAGUCUGUCUUUGUCUCAUGAACUUCCCUUGCACUAAGGAAAAAUUUUGUAAAUCCGAAUUCUCAAAAUCCAUGCACAAAAAAACCCCUGAACUUGGAAGUAGUUAUUAUCAUUUCCUUGUGUUCCUUAGACCAAUGUGUAUGUUUGGUAAAAGUUUCAAUAGUACAUCGAAACUAACUAAUCAUAUGUAAAUAAAUUUUUGUUGUUUA